UCUACCUCUAAAACACACCAAAAUUAUCUACUAGUUAAGUUGUGUUCGCUCUUCAAUUAAUGGAUCACCAACGGACUAAUCCAUCCUUAGUUAAUCUCGAUCUUAGCAUUGGACAGUCCAAUAAUCUCAUUUCUGCUGGCGGUUUAGAAACUAAGUUGAAUGAACUUAAUGAGGAGAAUAAGCAGCUAAUCAAGAUUAUUGACGAGAUCCAUAUGAUCAUUGCACUCCAAAAUCAGUUGAUGGACCUCACAAGCUUUCCUCCAGCUGAAAGCUCCUUCUCAAUGACAGGAAAGAGGAAGAUUCAAAACACUGAAAUGAACAGAAACAAUGAUUCUCUUUUUGAUAGAAUUCAUGAAACCAGAAAUCAGACUGAGAAUGAUAUAACCAGGCAUUCAUGCAAGAGAUUGAGAGAAGAUAUCGAGCCCAAUAAUGCCCACACAACUUAUACGAGAGUCGAUGCAUCCGAUUCAAGCCCGAUGGUCAGAGAUGGUUACCAAUGGAGGAAAUAUGGUCAGAAGGUCACAAAAGAUAAUCCAUCGCCGAGAGUUUAUUUUAGAUGCUCUUAUGCUCCUUCUUGUCCUGUUAAGAAGAAGGUACAGAGGAGUGCAGAGGAUAGGACAGUGUUAGUAGCUACUUAUGAAGGCGAACACAACCAUUCCCGACCUUCACCAGUUGGCUUUACUGACACCAUGCAUGAGAAUACAUCACAUCCCUAUGUCAUGUCUCUCAACUCUUCAAACUCAACAGUUACUCUUGAUCUCACACACCAAGGACUAAAUUCAAACAAUUGUGAUAAGGGAAUUGAAUUGAUUGAACUCCAAAGAGUUUUAGCUGAGAAGAUAGCCUCAUCAUUAACCAAGGAUGAAAAUUUCAAUGCAGCACUUAUAAGUGCAAUCUCCGGGAGAAUGUUUCAGGAUACACGAGUUCAAAAUUAAGUUCAUUGGCCGUACAACUCUAUCAUCCAGCGACAUGCUUUCAGCUGAAAUUUAAAUUUUGAACAUGGAAAAAGUAGUGUGUUAUUUGAGUUGAUAAUUCUCAAAGGACGAACAUUCUUGCUUCUAAAGACCAGUUUAAAAGCAAAUUGUUGACGAUGGAAUAAAGUCGAAGAAUUCUGAAUCACGUUAGCCAUCCCAUUGAAUUUUGCUGAGUUAUCAGCAUUAACCAGACAAGCAGCGACUUCUGCGCUUUUUUAUAUCAUAAUCAUUUCCAAUCAAAUUCAGAGGCCAUUGGCAAGGUUCUGAGAGAAAAUUGGAUGUGUACAAUAGAAUCGGCUAGAGUUCAAAUAAUGCUGUAGUAGUUCCUCCA